AUGAACAUGCGUAGCAAGGACGAGGUACGAGAGGCGGUGUGGGCGGCUAUGGAGGCGGCCCGUGCUGCCCAUACCCGCAAGCUCCGCGACAGGAUCCCCCACUUCCGCGGCUGCGAGGCCGCCGCCGAGAAGGUUGGCGAACUAAGGGUGUGGCAGGCCGCGCGUGUCAUCAAGGGAAACCCGGACAAGGCGCAGCGUCCCUUGAGGCUGAAGGCCCUCGAAGAGGGCAAGACGCUAUAUAUGGCGGUGCCUCGCCUCCGGCAGGAACAGUGCUUCGUGGAACUUGACCCCGCGUCGAUGGGAGCUUCGCCAGCCGAGACAUCCACCAUCGCGGGGGCCUUCCGUUGGGGACGGCCGGUGUAUGUGGAGGAGAUGCGGCAAGUGGACUUGGGUGGCGGCUUCGCCGACCUGGAGUACGGCCUCGCCAUCGCCGCCGGCAUCGUGUCGCCCGAGACGCCGGUGGUCAGCACGGUACACCAGAUGCAGGUGCUGGACGAGGACCUCCCAUACACUCGCCACGACGUCUUUCUGGACUACGUGGUGACCAGCGACGAGGUCAUCGAGUGCAGCGGCGAUAUCCCGAGACCGACGGGCAUUUACUGGGACGACCUGACUCCGGCCAAGAUCCGGCAAAUUCCGCUGUUGAAAAAGCUGCAGCCGUCGACCGGGUGA